CUUGAAAUCCUAAUAGGUGAGCAGGAAAAAGCACAUCGAGGCUUACAUAGCUUUCAACAGACUGGUUCAGAAAGAUGUGCAGCUGUUGAAGCACGUGACCUUGGUGACUUCGAUCUACGUGCCUGUUUCGUGCAGAGCUUUGCUCAGGCAAGUCCCAGCUAUCCAUUCUGGGAAGAACGAAAUGGGGAACAGCUUUAGUUCAAGCGACCUUAAGGCGUUAAUUCAAUCUGACCUGGGCGUUGACAUAGCCUUUUCACUAUUUCCCGUUGGCCGCAGUCGAGGAAGUAGUGCCUGUUGCGUGGUGGAUACAGAAUGGCUUGAACGUAUUAAGAGUGCAAAGCUCUCGAAUGGUCAGCAAAUCAGCGUUCGAAAACCGUCCUAUCUCAGCUCUAGAAUAUCACCAGCCGACAAAAAACAUGCAAUUACCGUUAAUACCGCUAAUAUAUAUAUCAGUGUUUUGAAGAAAGAUCCGGACGCAGGUAAUAGCACACAGUUAUAUAUACCUGUCGACCCUACUCUUAAGGCUGACGACACAUCACAUGGGCCGCUACUCUCUGACCAUAUAUCGAACCUCCUAAAUGACCCAAAGCGAGAGGAUGAAAUAUCAUUGCUGAGAGAUAAUUUCCAGGAUUUUACUCCACUGGAAGCAUCUGAGGAAAAUUUAUCUUAUGCGGAACGUCUGGCAAGUCUUGUAAAUACCAUUCACCAUUCCGUGUGCCCAAAAAGCCGUCGUUACAGAAUCUCUAGUUCAACGGAAGCGGAGCUGGAUCUCCAAUUAGUGUCAGACAUGUCCGAUCCAACACACCAAGGCGGUACAGAAGAACAUCUUCCUUCCAAUGCUGCAUAUUCCUCAGUCCCUGGAAAGGCCCAGUUAGAUCGAUAUCAUCAAAGUAUAUCCAAUUUAGCCGAAGUUUUUGCUAUUGUGGAGUCUGAUAUAGCGUACUACUUCAUCGCUUCGUACAAAGGAACCACUUUACAAGAUCUGAUAAUGUAUAAUCCGGGUAUUUUAAGCUCCAAUAUGAAAAAGAGUUUUGUGGUGUAUCAGCUCUUGAGAGCCGUUGCAGGAUUGCACAGUAGAGGAUUUGUGCAUGGAGCACUUCGUGCGAGCAAUAUAUUCAUAGAUGAAAAUUUAUGGCUACAAUUAGCUGGACUGGAGUUUUCCGUCAAUCCAAAUAACCUCGAUAUCGAUAUAAUGAAGUCAAGCGUACCUAAAUCAAUACAGGAGGAAAGUUUAGUGAUGCGGUGGGUCCGAGGGGACAUAUCUAACUUUACAUAUUUGAUGGCUCUUAAUCAUCUCGCUGGACGACGGGAAGGUGAUCCAAAUUUUCAUCCGGUAUUGCCUUGGGUAACAGAUUUCAGUGGCGAGACCCCGGAAGAUGGAUGGAGAGAUUUCACAAGAACCAAGUUCAGACUGAAUAAAGGCGAUGAACAACUCAACUUUACAUUUGAUGGCCCCGUUCCACACCAUGUUACCGAUAUUUUAUCAGAUAUCACAUAUUAUGUGUAUCUGGCUAGACGUACACCAAUACCUGUUCUGUGUCAAUUCGUUAGAUCAAAAUACGAAUCAAAUGAAUACCCUCCAUCGAUUCAGCGAUUAUAUCAGUGGACCCCAGAUGAAUGUAUUCCCGAAUUUUACUCAGAUCCAACUAUUUUCAAAUCUAUACAUCCUGAUAUGCCAGAUCUGCAGACGCCAAAGUGGGGUCCUACACCAGAAGAAUUCAUUAGGAAGCAUGCAGAGUGUCUAGAGUCGGAGUAUGUGUCUAACAGACUGCACACCUGGAUCGAUUUGACAUUCGGAUGCAAUUUAACGGGGGAGGGUGCUAUCGAAGCAAAGAACGUUGCGCUUCCGCUACUCGCUGGCCAAGAUAGCUUCAUGAAGCAUGGGAUAAUUCAAUUAUUCAAAGACAAGCACCCGCAACGAGGAUGCAACUGGCAUGCAUCAUUACAGUCUUCCAAUAUAUCCCCUCAACCGAGCAAGCCUGUAUCUGUGCAGUCAGCAGCGGACCUUGCAAAGCCAUCGGAGGUUACACCGCCAAUUGCACCAGUUGCAAAAGUUAGUAACCCGCCGCCCAACUCAAUUGGUUCAUCUGCAAAACAUCUGCUACGAGACACUCCUUCGCCUGGGUCUCAAUUUAGUAGAAACCGUGCUGCAUCUGUUAAUUCCACCACAUCGACCGAUACACACCAUACUAAUAGAAGCACUAAUGCUGAUGUGCCGCUGGCUCCUCUAAGUCUGAACACCGACCCUAUACAGCUACCGGCAAACAUGGGGGAAGACAUUUUCACGGAGCAACUUGUUCAUUUUGAAGAAACUCACAAAUUUGGCGUCAAGUACUUGGCUAUGAACGAGGUUGAGCUCGUCAAAAACCCAUAUCUACCUGAUCCUGGUGUACGAUACAAAAUCGAUGCCUAUAAUGACGAUCCCAUCCGAAAUCAUCCUUUUGCCAUUGCUGCUGCUGACGACAUGCGUAACCUUGGUACAAUUAUCCAAGGUAUAUAUACCGCUGGCAGUGCUAAAAUUGUGGAUUUGGAUGGUGAUUUCAUGGAAACGACCAUCAGCGGAUUGUUCGAAACUGGCGGUGGUUACAUGGCCUACGACAUUGCUCCCUCUGGCAAAAUCAGUAUACCACCAGUUGUGAGUCAGGUCAUAACUUCCUUGACGCAGAAUGAUUGGUAUAAGCGACCCUCCGCCAAGGCAGUUCUCUACACUUCUUUUCCGAUGAUGACCAUCUAUCAUCCGAACGCUACAUUACCCUUUCAGCAGUACAUUUACGAAAUGUACGAGUACUUGGCGGGAUUCCAUUUGAGCGAAUGGUCAAGACGAUUGUAUCUCGCUGACAAAUGGGUUGACUGGAUAUGUGAUCUCGAUGACGAGGUGUUUGAUUUAAUAUUGCCGACUUUUAUCCAGUUGAUGGGACAUCAAGAGACUCGACUUGGUGUUCUAAGCUUGUUUCCCAAAAUUGCUCAAAAGCUGGGACCGGAAAAGACAAAGCGUCACUUAUUGAAGCCAAUUGUGUCAAUUCUGGAGACAACUAGACCGAAAAUCCCAGCACCACUCCUGGAAUACGAUACACUCAAAGAGUUUAUUCGACGCCUUGGUGUUUUAACAUUUUUACAGCAGCUUCUACCUUGCUAUCUGGAGUCCGUCAGCGUUGCAGAUGAUGCCCCUAGGAACACGAAAUCGGAUUACGACAGCGAUGGGUACUCUGCGCCGCCCGAUUUGGUUGCUGUUGUGAAUAAGUCUCUCGAGAGCUCUAAUGAUGCGGCUGGAAAAGCACUUGUACAUAUAUGCAGUCUCAUUGGGCCGGUUCUCACUUCAAAGCAUGUCAUGAGGCAAUUGUUCAAAAUCAUUUUUCGUGAUUAUAGACCUCAAUCCAGUUUACAAAAUGCUGUGAUCACUAUUUGUGGAAAUUUUGGCGAAUCAUUCUCGGCUAUUCAAUUCGCGUACCUUGCAUCCAUCAUCGAUACCUAUCGCAAGAAUACAAAUAAGCGCAACUCUCGAAUUAUAUGCAGUAUUUUGACCUUGCUUGAGCAGCUUACUCCUAACUUGUCCAAUGAACGCCUGCUCACUGAGCUAAAGUCAGGCUUUAUAUCCACUCUCUAUCAGUUAAUCGAGCCAAUUUCUCCAAUUCAGAAUGUUUCCAACAGCUCCAAAACCGAACUAAGACUCAAGCUGACUAUUAGUAUGCGCACUAUAGACUUUUUACUUAAUGUUACGAACCACAUUACAAGAGCAGAUUGGGAAGACAUUAUCGGUCCACUCCUUCAACAAUACUUUUCAAAUUUUACACCUGACUCAGUAAAACAUGAAGAAGAACCUUCAAAAUCAUUGGAAGCCCAACAGAACUAUCAGAUGGUCUAUGCAUACUCCCAUUUCUGCCUUUUUGUUGGCCAGGAGACAAUGCGAAGAGUCAUAUCCACCAGCGCCUCACUCGAAAGUAUGAUGUAUGAUCAUUUCUCAUCCAAUGAGUCAACACCGCUACCCACAACACCGUUUUCUCCGGGCGGUCGCAUUCUUCCUAAUCGUAAAGAAGAUGUCCCAUCACCAUCUGUGGAAGACGAGCCACAAGGCUUUUUGGCCUGGGUCAAACGAGGCAAUCGUCGCAGUACACAAGGAAAGGAUAGGUUUGCUGAUAUAGAGUACUUUAGUUUGGGAAGCAGUCUUAGUGUAGACUUCACCAAGCUGUACAAUUACUCUACCAAAGACCUCUUCUCCUUCACUACAUCCACCUUCAAAGGCAGUCGUUUCUCUCCUACUUCUCAUGGAACGAUCACUGAUCCCCAAAGUAGCAAGCAAGGGUCCACCGUAUAUGUGCCUUCAGAUAAAGAAAAACUGCUUUCCAAGACCUCAGUUGUAAAUAGUGUAUUACCAUGGAAGACAAAGUGGAAGCCUGUUCCGGAAGACAUCAAGAAUUGGAACCGGUUCUUGUUGACAAAUUCAGAGGAAAUGUCCAAAUCAAUGCAGUUUUCAUUCAACGAUCUCAAGCUGCGGGGCUUUGCAGGCCACACCUCCGCUGUUCGAACAUUCGGCAUUAAUGAGUCUGCUAGUAUUUUCGGAUCUGGAUCUCGAGAUAGAACUGUUAAACUUUGGUCACUGGACGUUUGCAGUGGAAUCGAAAAUUGGAGAGUGGAUCCGUUUUCAGAGUGCCUUAUAUCAUAUAAUGGCCAUCGUAGGACAACUAUAUCAGAUGUACAUUUCCUCACUGGUGGUGGAAGCUCAGGCAUCUCUGAUGUAGUAGCAAGUUGUGAUGGACAAGUGCAUUUGUGGGAACCGGAGACGGCAAAGACCAUCCAUCAGUUCAACACUGGCAAGGCAAACAUGGUGUCUGUCAGCCCCAUCUUUCGAUCUCGUUGUUUAAUUGGUGGUAAUAGCGAUGGCACAAUCAUGGUGCUCGAUGCUAAGAUGCAUACUCUCUUGCAUACGUGGAAAUCUAGCAGUGGGAACUCUGGAACUUUAAAAGUAAUCGCAGUAAACACUGCAGAAACUCUCAUAGCAGUUGGUUUUUCGUCCGGUGUGAUAUCACUAUUAGAAUCUCGAACUGGAUCGUUGGUUGCGAGUUGGAAAGGUGGUGAUUCAGAUGUGACCAGCAUGAAAUUCUACACAAAUGAACUGCUCGUUAGCUGUGCGCCGGCUGAUCAUACUGUUUGCUUUUGGAACGUCAGCCGACUUUCCUUGGUGAAGACUGUCCCAGUGCAAAGCGAUUUUAUAUCAUUGGAUCUUUUCAAAGAUGAAAUAAUUGCCAUAAACAAUAACAACUCGGUGUCAUUUAUUCCUUUGAAUGAAGACUUUCAGCCUUACACAUCAAAGUUCAAGACAUCGAUUGUCAAGUCUCAAAUAACUUCCUUUGGUGUUGUGCCCGUUAAUCAAUUGCUGCUCUUCGGCUGCGGUGAAGGCGAGAUAUACUUGUAUGCGUAAUGUUGGAGCUUAGGUACUCUUUUGGUUUCGGAGAAUGAAACGUAAACUUGACACCUUCGCUCAGUUUGAUCCUUUGUGAAUCAAACAUGGCUCCUUCAGACUGUUUUAUAGUGUAUUACAGUGCUAACAAAUAAGUGGAUCUCGAUGAUCUUUUUGUCAAGUUGCGAUGGAAUGAAUAACCGUUGCGACAUUUUUCGGCUCUCACUUUGUUCUCCCAAGUUUUCCUCAUAAAGUACACUUAUUACAAGAGCACAGUAUAACCAGUUUAGUUGUUUGAGUUUUUCCCCUUUAUUUUUAUUUUUUUUGACCAAGGAACAUAACACCAUCCUUGUUAUCAUUCAAAGGUAGGGUGGUAAUGUAUCAAAGCCUCUUUCCGUUCAUUCAAUACUUUUGUCAUAAAAUCAUUUGUUACUGCGUUCUGAGUUUUUGCGCCUUGGAA